CGGUGUUAAAACAGCAGAGCCUUUCCGUAGGGACAUGCGCAUUUCACCCUGCACUUCCCAUAACGCAAGAGGUUUUCAUUAGAAGAACGAACGGGUUUGCUAGUAAAAUUGAUAAGAGCAAGUGUGUUUACACAUUUCUUCGGUCGGUAUACUCAGGUGUCCCCGAUUAGCGAUCAGUAGUGAUGUCACACGGGAGAAUGUCCCACCAUCGCAUCGCGAGUACACGGGCUUCCUGACUCUUGAAUCUUGUGUGGGGCCGUUAUCAGUCAGGUAAUUGAAGAAACUCGGAAUUGGACUCGGAGUUUUUCCCGCGUGGCUAAACGUUUUAUGGCGUUCCAAUAAAGGAAGGGGUUUUAUCGAACAAAUCUCAUGAAUUUUUCAUUAUCUUCAACAACAAAGUCUACCGUGUGCGGUGGCGAUGGGUUUUUAGACACGAAGAAGGGGGUUCGGUAAUGGGUUCGUUCGCAGCUUGGCACGACAAAAAGUCAAUUCCCUUAUGACAACAGACGUGCUGCAGUGCAGUGCGAGGGGAUCGAUUCCAAUUACCCACGUCGUCGUCGGUAUGAAACCUGUCCGGAUGAGGACAGUUGGCCGUACUUGGCAGAGCGGCAAAUGAAAAAUCCUGGCCCAAGUUGUGGCAAAUAUUGGAACAACUGUUCGAUUUCCUCUCCUGUACGGUGCAGACUAAACGUCACGCGGUAGUCAUUGAGAAGUCGAGAUGAGCCACGACCAAGUUGAAAGUGUUAUGUCCUUUAGGGACGUGUUCUGAAUUAAAAUAACUAAGAUGAAUUAGUCUGUUGAAUUAACCUAUAAUUAUCUAUUUUAAUAUCAGUGUGUUACCUUCUGUCAUUUGAUGCGCUAUCAAUGUAGUGCAUGUGCUCGUAUAUGUAUAUGUGAAGAAGAUGAAUAAAUACCGACCGCGAUGAGCUGAGCUCAGUCGUAUUCUGAACAGCAACUACGUUAGUUAUACUUUUAUGCUAAAGCUAAACCGAAAGCUAUCCCCCCGGAUUUUGUGAGAUAUAUCAUCUGUCGACGCGGAAAAACUGGAAAGCGUGCAUUUUAUUAGAAAUACACAAGUGUAGUCAGUGCGAUUGUGCGGAAGAAAAUUGUGAUUCUGUCGGCGGAAAGGUCGGUGAAAAACUUCGAUUCCCCCAGGGAAAGAAUCUUGCUUCAUCAGCCGGAGGAGGAUCUAAGCGGAAUCGUCGGACGUGCAUUCCUCCAUUCUGUAACCCGGUAAUUCCAUUUGCCGUUGCCGGUGCCAUCCGGUUUUUGGAGUGAGUAGAGUGGAAAUUACUAUUCUUUUAUCCAAAAGAAUUGAAUAGUUUGCAGCUGACGCCAUAUUGGUCUUCGGCGGACAAUAGCAGGAAAACACGGCUGAUUGGCUAGUUGAAGCUCUGCUCAGUGGCAAGGGUCAUUCUCCGGGCGAUAAGGACAUCCUACUAGCUGUAGGACAGGCGCUGAUCAGCUGAUAUCGAAUAGCCUGAUCGCUAUACCGGCCUCCCCAUAAUCAAUUCGCUGGCUGACUGGCUCGUGAAAAGUGAAGGUUGCAGAUCUGGUAAGCUACUCCAUUUUUUGUAAUAUCCUGGUGUUUGGUGAUUCGCAGCUGAAAUGGCGCAGGCUACUUUGACGACAAAUAUGGAACCCUACAGAAAGGGAACGUCUUUCACUGAGUGGGUAGAACGUUUGGGCUCUGUUUUUCGUUUGAAUAAAAUUAGAGAUGAGGACAAGAAAGACUAUUUUGCUACAUUGUGCGGGCCAGCUGUUUACAGCGAAGUAAAGCUCUUGUUCCCUAAUGAUAGUUAUGACAAUAUUGCAUAUGAUGAAAUGAUCAAAAAGUUAAAAAGUAGAUUCGACAAAUCUGAAUCCGAUAUUAUUCACAGAUUUAAAUUCAAUCAUCGCGUGCAACAACCCGAUGAGACGAUAGAAGAUUUUGUGCUCUCUGUAAAAUUACAGGCGGAAUUUUGUUCAUUUGAAAACUUCAAGGAGAAGGCCAUUCUUGAUCGAAUUAUUGCAGGGGUUAAAGAUAAAGCGCUACAGACAAAAUUGCUGAGUGAGGAAAAUUUAUCCUUGCAAAAUGCUGAAAAACUGGUGGUCACUUGGGAGAUGGCGGCCAGCAAUGCAAGAAAAAUGGGUACAAAUGAUUCUUAUGGACAUAUAUCCUCCCUCCGCCAGCGUGGUCCAGCGGGUUCAGCUUUUAAAAAGCUUGAGGAAACGUUUCGUUUGGCCUCAGAAUCCUCUAUUAACACUAAUCAGCGGGGUCCGGUGAAAAGUCGUUUAGGCUACCAGAACCAUCAGGGACAACGGCCAUAUAUUCGGCAAAAGCAAAUAGGUUGGAACAAAGGGUCUUCUAAACAAAAAGAGUUUGUUGAAGAUAGGUUUUGUGAAUUCUGUGGUUCAAAAGGUCAUUUGAAGCGCAAAUGUUUCAAAUUGAAGAAUUUGAAAAGAGACUCUGUGCAAUUUAUUGAGGACUGGAACACAGAAAAUGGCGUUAAGAAAGAUGGAGAUACCAGUAUCAGUGGACUUUUCAACCGGCUUAGGGCUGACAAAUCAGACAGCGAAGAUGACGACAUGGAUACAGGUGAAUGUAUGAUGGUUUCUUCUAUCAAUAGAAUUAACAAUCCUUGCUUAGUUAACUUAGUGGUUGAUGGCAAACAUUUAAAUAUGGAAGUCGAUUGUGGGUCAUCGGUUACAGUCAUUGGUAAAAAUCAAUAUUUCAGGAAUUUUAACAAACCUUUAAGUAAAUGUAAGAAACACCUAGUGGUAGUUAAUGGCAACAAAUUGAAUAUAAUGGGAGAAGCAAAUGUUUCAGUAAACUUUAAGGGAAAAACUGCAGACUUGCAACUGUUGGUGAUUAACUGUGAAAAUGAAUUUAUUCCGUUGCUAGGUAGAACAUGGCUUGACAUAUUUUUCAACAAUUGGAGAGAUUUUUUCACUGGUUCCUUGGCUGUCAAUGGUAUGGUUGAGCAUAAUAUUGAUACAACAAUUAGUGAAGUCAAGCAAAGAUUUCCAAAAGUUUUCAUCAAGGAUUUUUCUUCGCCUAUUCAGGGUUACGAAGCAGAGCUUGUGCUAAAAACCGAUUCACCCAUAUUUAAAAAAGCUUAUAGUGUACCUUAUCGGCUUCGAGACAAAGUUAUUGAUUAUUUGGGUCGUUUGGAACGGGAAGGGGUCAUAACUCCGAUUAAAACUAGCGAAUGGGCCUCGCCUGUGGUUAUUGUCAUGAAAAAAAAUAAUGACAUAAGACUUGUUAUUGAUUGCAAGGUCUCCAUUAACAAAUUGAUUAUUCCAAACACGUACCCUUUGCCAACAGCUCAAGACUUGUUUGCUGGUUUGGCGGGUUGUAGAAUGUUUUGUUCGCUUGAUUUAGAAGGGGCAUAUACCCAGCUAUUGCUAACUGAAAGGUCCAGAAAAUUCAUGGUUAUAAAUACAAUUAAAGGGUUAUUUGUUUACAAUAGAUUACCCCAGGGAGCGUCCUCCAGCGCAUCAAUCUUUCAGCAGGUGAUGGACCAGGUCUUAGAUGGGUUGGACUUUGUUUAUUGUUAUUUAGAUGAUGUAUUAAUUGCAGGUGUUGAUUUUAAUGAUUGCAGGGAGAAGCUUUUCUUAGUCCUUCAAAGAUUAAAAGACGCUAACAUCAAAGUUAAUUGGGAGAAAUGUAGAUUUUUCGUUCCUGAGCUUGAAUACCUCGGCCACGUUUUGAGUGAAAAAGGACUGUCUCCUUGUCCAGAUAAAGUUGCAACAAUUCAAAAGGCAAAGGCCCCCAGAAAUACUGCUGAAUUGAAAUCGUUUUUAGGUUUGAUCAAUUAUUAUAAUAAAUUCAUACCUCAUUUAUCUUCCAAGUUGUAUUAUUUGUACAACUUGCUGAAGAAAAAUGUUAGAUAUGAUUGGGACGCAAAUUGCAAUGAUGCUUUUGAAGUUAGCAAAUGUUCUUUAUUAUCGACAAAUUUUUUAGAAUUCUAUGACCCUAAGAAGCCAAUUGUGAUUGUUUCAGAUGCCUCGAGUUACGGAUUAGGCGGGGUGAUUGCCCAUGUAGUUGAUGGAGUUGAAAAACCCGUAUGUUUUACAUCUUUCUCCCUAAAUUCAGCUCAAAAAUCUUACCCAAUACUUCAUUUAGAGGCCCUUGCAUUAGUGUGCACUAUAAAAAAAUUUCAUAAAUAUCUGUAUGGCCAGCAUUUCACUGUCUUCACUGACCACAAGCCAUUAGUGGGAAUAUUUGGAAAGGAAGGGAAGAAUUCCAUAUUUGUGACUCGCCUUCAACGUUUUGUUAUGGAGUGCUCAAUAUACGAUUUUAAUAUUGAAUAUAGGCCGUCAAAUAAAAUGGGGAACGCAGAUUUUUGUUCGCGUUUCCCCUUAGAGCAACCAAUACCAAAUGGUUAUGACGUUGAACUAAUUAGAAAUAUUAAUUUUUCAAAUGAUCUUCCCAUAAAUCACAGUAUGAUUGCAGCUGAAACCAAAAAGGACGAAUUCCUGCAAAAAAUUAUUUUUUUCAUGCAAAAUGGCUGGCCAGAGCGGGUCGAAAAACAAUUUGUCAAUGUUUUCGCCAAUCAACAAAAUUUGGAAUUGAUAGAUGAAUGUUUGUUAUAUCAAGAGCGUGUAGUUAUACCAAAGGUAAUGCAUAAGGAUAUUCUUAAAUUGCUCCAUUGUAACCAUAAUGGUAUAGUUAAAAUGAAGCAAAUGGCCCGCCGUACUGUAUAUUGGUUUGGCGUAAAUAGUGACAUAGAAAAGUUCGUGGCUCGUUGUGAAACGUGUAGCUCUAUGGCAAUUGUACCAAAGCAAAAAAUUAUAUCUAAAUGGACAUCCACCACCAAACCUUUCAGUAGAAUACAUUUAGAUUUUUUCUUCUUCGCUAGUCACACGUUUCUACUAAUUGUUGAUAGUUUUUCGAGAUGGAUAGAAGUGGAAUGGAUGAAAAAAGGGACGGAUUGCCCUAAGGUUCUUAAGAAAUUGAUUGCAUUUUUUGCACGUUUCGGGCUGCCAGACACUUUAGUAUCGGACGGGGGUCCUCCUUUCAAUUCUCAGUCUUUUGUUAAUUUCUUGGAAAAACAAGGCAUAAAUGUACUUAAAAGUCCUCCUUACAAUCCAUCCAGCAAUGGCCAGGCGGAAAGACUAGUAAGGACAGUUAAGGAGGUUCUGAAGAAAUUUUUGCUUGACCCAGAAGUUAUGAGUCUUGAUUUGGAGGACCAGAUCAAUUUAUUCUUAUUUAAUUAUAGAAAUACUUGUUUGACGGAAGAUGAGGAAUUCCCAUCUGAGAAAGUGUUGUCAUUUAAACCAAAGACUAUCAUUGACCUAAUCAACCCAAAGAAUCAACCAAUAAAAAACACCCCUAGUCAUACGGAUCACUCACAUGAUGAGGUUUUAUCUAAAUCUAAUGGGGCUCAUAUUAAGGACCCUUUGGACAACCUGAUGAGUGGUGAUACCCUAUGGUAUAAAAAUCAUAACCCUCAUAAUCCAGCUAGAUGGUUGAAAGCAGUGUUCAUAGCAAGAAUCUCUCGUCAUAUUUUCCAGGUGGCAAUUGGAAGCGUGCGAACAACAGCGCAUCGCACUCAAAUACGACCGUAUACUGAUCCGGAUCAUUCGGAGCGACCCAACGUGAUGCUCCCAGUGCCGAGCUCUCGUGACAUGGCUGGUCCUAGCACCGUACCGUUGUCGGUCGAUUGUGAUGAACUCGAAGCGUGUCCAGCGGAGCCACCCAGUACAAAGCGGAAGAGGAGAUUGGUCGAGGCAUCACCCGUCACUUUGAGGCGAUCGAAGCGCACUCGAUUUAACAAAACUGAUCCGAAUUAUGUAUAUUUUGCGUAGUGAUAAGGUGCAAAAAAUGAAUUAAUGUUCAUUCAAAUUUUAAAGUGUUGAUUAACGUUGAACUUUCGAAGGGUGAAGAAGAUGUUAUGUCCUUUAGGGACGUGUUCUGAAUUAAAAUAACUAAGAUGAAUUAGUCUGUUGAAUUAACCUAUAAUUAUCUAUUUUAAUAUCAGUGUGUUACCUUCUGUCAUUUGAUGCGCUAUCAAUGUAGUGCAUGUGCUCGUAUAUGUAUAUGUGAAGAAGAUGAAUAAAUACCGACCGCGAUGAGCUGAGCUCAGUCGUAUUCUGAACAGCAACUACGUUAGUUAUACUUUUAUGCUAAAGCUAAACCGAAAGCUAUCCCCCCGGAUUUUGUGAGAUAUAUCAG